UUCUAUCUUCAAUCUACAUAGCUAUAUACAUCUCUCUCUUGACUUAAGAGCUUAAUUCACUACCUACAACUAAAGACACUGAAAAAUGAAGCUACUUUCAAGAAAGGGUGCCAUUUGCAAUACCCAUGGGCAAGACACUCCCUACUUUUUGGGUUGGCAAGAAUAUGAGAAGAAUCCCUAUGAUGAGGUCCGAAACCCUAACGGCAUCAUACAAAUGGGUCUAGCAGAGAAUCAGCUCUCUUUCGACCGUCUGGAGUCAUGGCUGGCGGCGAAUCCUGACGCAGCUGGGUUUAAGAAAAAUGGGGUUUCCAUUUUCAGAGACCUUGCUUUGUUUCAAGAUUACCAUGGUCUUCCAUCUUUCAAGAAAGCAAUGACAGAUUUUAUGUCGGAUAUAAGAGGAAACAAAGUCGAGUUUGAUCCGAAAAAUCUUGUCUUGAUGGCCGGAGCAACUUCUGCUAAUGAAGCACUUAUAUUUUCAUUAGGCGCCGGUGAAGGAGAUGCACUUCUUCUUCCCACUCCUUACUAUCCUGGAUUCGAUAGAGAUCUUAAAUGGAGAACCAAAGCAGAGAUUGUACCGAUCAUCUGUUCAAGCUCAAAUGGAUUCCAGAUAACAAAAUCCGCUCUAGAGAAAGCUUAUAAAACAGCUGGAAAGAAAAACCUUAAAGUCAAAGGAAUCUUGGUUACAAAUCCUUCAAAUCCAUUAGGAACAACAAUCAGCAAAGAAGAACUCAACUUACUUGUCGAUUUCAUUGACAAAAAACAAAUCGACUUAAUCAGCGACGAAAUCUAUUCCGCCACUGUUUUCAAUUCCCCUGAAUUCACCAGCAUAAUGGAAAUCCUAGAAGAAAGAAAAUUACGCGAUACCCAGCUCUGGAACAGAGUCCACAUCGUUUAUUCCCUCUCGAAAGAUCUGGGCCUGCCUGGUUUUCGUGUCGGAGCAAUAUAUUCAAACAACCCGACCGUAGUGGGGACCGCCACAAAAAUGUCGAGUUUCGGCCUCGUUUCUUCACAAACACAACACCUCCUAGGUGAAAUGUUGUCCGACAAGAUCUUCACUCAAAAUUACUUAUCUGAAAAUCAGAAACGGUUAAAGAAACGGCAAGAACAGCUCGUUUCCGGGCUAAAGAACGCAGGAAUUCAUUGCUUGAAAGGAAAUGCUGGGUUAUUCACUUGGGUUGACAUGAGCCACCUUUUAAAGAACAAGACUUUUGAAGCUGAGAUGGAUUUAUGGAAGAAAAUUGUGUACCAAGUUGGUUUAAACAUCUCCCCCGGUUCAUCUUGUCAUUGUAGUGAACCGGGUUGGUUUCGUGUUUGCUUCGCCAACAUGUCGGAAGCUACCUUAGACUUGGCUAUGGUGCGGUUGAAGGAUUUUGUCGACUCUUUAUUAACUUCGUCAACAUCUACGUCUACAUCUACAUCUGCUGAAAGACGUGUCUAUAAGACAAAAUCUGGUUCGAGAUGGAAGUUAUUUAAAUGGAUUUGUGGGCUAAUGUUUGAUAAACGUGAACAAGAUGAGUGGAUCGAUAAUUAUUGUUUUUGAUCAUAUAUAAUUAAUUUUACAUUCAUUUUUACUAAUUAGUCUAGUAUUUAGUUGAUUAAGAGGAGGUUCAUAUAAGUUAAUUACAUGCAUGUAUAGGACUAGUGCAAUAUUCUAUCUAUUUCAAUUUUAAUUUUUGUUACAUUUGUAAUUCAUUUGUUUUGAAUAGAAGUAUAUGGGUUCU